AUGGCCCUUGUUUCCGCAGGUGGAGCAGGUAAUUUCUUGGGCCGGGCAGCAUUUUCGGGGGUGACUUUCGAAUCCGCAGAAGUAACACUGCGCGGACUUGCAACUGGCAGCAGCUGUGGUGGAUUGCGGGGAGUGCACGGACUCGCGACUGGCAGCAGCCGAGCUCGAUUCGCCAGCGGGUGGUGGGGUCUGCAGCGUCCACAGGGCCGGUGGGAGAUUGCGUGGCUGGACAGCAUCAGCGUUGUGCAGAGCAGCCUCCAGCAUGUCAGCCAUCUCGAUCGCCGAGCGAAAGGUAAAUAUAUUGCAACACUCACAAGAUACUGGAGGAACUCAGCAGGUCAGGCAGCAUCGGUGGAAAUGAAUAGACAGUCGACAUUUCAGGCGGAGACCCUGCUGCAGGACUGGAAAGGAAAGGGGAAGACGCCAGAACUAAAAGAUGGGGAAGAGGAGAAGAAGGAUAGCUGGAAGGUGAUAGGUGAAACCAGAUGGGUUGGAAAGAUAAAGCACUGGAGCAGAAAGUGGACCACAGGAGAAAGAGAAGAAAGAGGGGAUCUGGAGGAGGUAAUAUGCAGUUACAGCCUACUUCUGGAAAAUGAGGCUGCCGCUUUGAUUGGGACUUGAUGUUGUGAUGAGAGACCUAGGUGAAGAUGGUUAGGAUUCUAGUGCUGGAGUAUCCGCGAC